UCCGCCGCCGGCCGGGAGCCAGGGCUGUGCCGGCGCCGCCGCCCGAUCUGCGCGGGGAAGGCCAUCUGUGAAAAAGAAAAAAGAGAAAAAAAUGAAGUACUUAUUCCUAGUAUUUCUCAUGAAUUUAUUAUCACAGUAUGCUGGGAAACCUUUAAGAAGAGGUGGCAGUUACCCGAAAUCAUUUGAAGACAUUAAAAAUGAGAUAGCUGGCUAUACUGAUAUUGCUAAGGCUAUUAUUGAUCUUGCUGUUCAUGGAAAGGCUCAGAACAGAUCCUAUGAAAGAUUAGCAGUUUUUGCUGAUACCAUAGGACCUAGACUCAGUGGCUCAAAAAACCUAGAUGCAGCCAUCAAAUAUAUGUUCAGUGCCCUGCAGAAGGAUGGGCUGGAAAAUGUGCAUCUGGAGCCUGUGAAAGUACCGCACUGGGAAAGAGGAGAAGAGUUUGCAAUGAUGCUGGAACCAAGGAAUCAGAGCAUUGCUAUUUUGGGACUUGGGAACAGUGUUGCAACUCCUCCAGAAGGAAUUACGGCAGAAGUCAUAGUGGUAACCUCUUUUGAUGAACUGCAUAAAAGAUCUCAGGAGGCCAAGGGGAAGAUUGUUGUCUACAAUGAACCUUUCAUCAGUUAUGGUGAAACUGUGCAAUACAGAGUACGGGGAGCAGUGGAAGCUGCUAAAGUUGGAGCAGUGGCAUCCCUCAUUAGAUCUAUUACUUCUUUUUCUAUUCACAGCCCACAUACAGGGGGGCAGAGUUACCAGCCUGAUGUACCCCAAAUCCCCACUGCUUGCAUCUCCGUGGAAGAUGCUGAAAUGAUGUCACGAAUGUCUCUCCGGGGCACUAAGAUUGUUGUGCACCUGAAGAUGGGAGCUAAGACCUAUCCAGACUCUCCAUCUUUCAACACCGUGGCAGAGAUAGUUGGAAGCAAGUACCCAGAGCAGAUUGUAUUGGUCAGUGGACAUCUGGACAGCUGGGACGUUGGGCAGGGAGCUAUGGAUGACGGUGGUGGAGCAUUUAUAUCAUGGGAAGCAUUAUCACUCAUUAAGGAUCUGGGACUUCGCCCAAAAAGGACUCUGCGCUUGGUGCUGUGGACAGGAGAAGAGCAAGGAGGAAUAGGUGCCAAACAAUAUUAUCAGUUGCACAAGGAAAAUAUCUCCAACUUUGAUAUCGUCAUGGAGUCUGAUGAGGGCACCUUCAAGCCAUCUGGACUGGGUUUUACUGGCAGUGCUAAAGCUCGGGAAAUCGUGAAAGAGAUCAUGACUCUGCUGCUGCCCAUCAAUGCUACAGAUGUUUACGACAAUGCAGAUGGAACAGACAUCGAUUACUGGAUGAGAGACGGGGUGCCCGGUGCCAGCUUGCAUAAUGACAUCAGUAAAUACUUCUGGUUUCAUCAUUCUCAAGGGGACAUGAUGACAGUUCAGGAUCCAAACCAGAUGAAUCUCUGUGCUGCUGUUUGGACUGUUGUCUCCUAUGUAAUUGCUGACAUGGAGGAGAUGUUGCCAAGGUAAUAAAACAGCAAGAAAGAAGAUUUCUGUUCUUCAAUAAAGAUUGUAAGUCCACUAAUGCAUGUGGACUACAGCUAUGCUAAAUUCUGCUUUUAACCUUGAUUUUGUGCUUCAUUAUUGUAUCUGUUUUCCUCGAAGUACAUGCUUUUUUACAUAUACCUGUUUCUUUUUGCUGUUUUGAUCUCUUCCAUUUGUGAUUUUCGCUUAAAAUGUAUUCUUUUAAGUCCUUCUUAAAUUUCAAAUGGAAGUAGGAUACCUCUUUGACAAUGAUAUAAUAAACAUUUGUAUGCACAGUGAUCCCAUGCAGCAGGAAAAGUGCACCAAAUAAAUUUGUUUCAUCAGAAUAAUUAAUGUA